AUGGCAUCGCGCGUUCUGAGAGGCCGUGUAAUCAAGACCCGCAGUCAUUCUCAUUCUCCGAUCCUACCUUCUCGAACGCAUACAACCAUCGACACAACCGGCGCAGAUGGUUCUUCUGCAUCAGAAACUCACGGGCAACCACCCGCCUGGGCAGACUACCGCCCGGAGCUCUCUGAUACGCUUCCGUGGUUUCGGGCUGUCCAAGGCGGCGCCUAUCACAAUGGAAAUAUCUGCUGGGGAUUCCUCCUUGACGCUGAUUGUGGAAUUCGCUCUUAUAUCGAUGAUGAGAUUGUAAUAACCAGGAUUGGCGGCGGUUGUACCAAGGAUGCGGCGGGAAACCUCGUCCCUCUUAGGGAUCAAGACAGCGACAACUCGAUAGUAAACAGUGUUAUCAAAAGCAAGGAGUUGAAGGUCCCCGUCGGCCUCAUCAUAGGAAACCGCAACACACUUCUUGGGAGAAAGCUCCCGCACCGAUACAACGUCAUGGCGUACUUCCGCAUCACCGAUAUCUGGUUUGAAAAGAUCGGACAAAAAGUAGGCGGAAAAGUGCGUUUCGAGAAGCUGGACCUCUCUUCUAAGAGCUGGUGGGCUGCGACAGGUUCACCCUUUCCCAUUCCGCACCAGAAAAGGAGUUGCACAGCACCAGAGAAGAACGUUUGUCGUGAUUGUGGAUUCGAGAGUCUGCGUAUAUAUAGCGAAGCAUGGAUGUGCCUUGAGCCGUCCUGCAAAUCAUUCUGGACCAUUGAUGGAUCCGCUCCCCUCACAGAUCUCACAUUCCACCAGAAGUUCUUGGACUAUCGGACUCCCUUUGACCCUGAAAUGCAGCCACAUCACAGCCUCAUCCCGGACCUACUCUCCACUAUGGAUGAAGACGACCCAACCCUCAGCUCACUCCGUAUAGCUUGGAAGGGAAUUGUCUGCCCACGGUGCCAGAAGUGCAUAUCGCGGCGAUUCUGGCGGGGAUGGAAAUGCACUGACGAUCUCGGGGGACGAGAAGUGCAUAAAGGCAAGCCGUGUUCAUACGAGAAGUUCCUCAAAAUGCGCCCCAUAUCUCUACGCUCUGUGAUAGAAGACUUGGAGUUAUCUCCGAUCAAGAGGGUCCUCCACUUUGACCCGAAGUUCGCUAUUCCGGAAAUCGAUGACGCCUCGCUAUAUCCGUAUAGGAAAAUGACUUACCAUAUCCCGGGCGUCGGUUACAUUGUCCAUUUUGUUUCUAACAAAGCGAUCAACAGCCGUCUUAACGGCCCUGACGACCUUUUUGGUCAGAUGCAGGCUACUGAUCUCGGACUGAGACGGUAUCCCUUGCAACAGAGCGUGGUUGCCGGAACUCUCACUUGUCAUUUCGCGGGAAUGCCAUAUAAAUACGUCGUCUCGGUAGACUCGAAAGGAUUCGACGAUGCCCCAGACGUCGUUCUGCGGGCUCUGGGGCGCCUAACAUGGGCCACGGAGAAAGCCGUGAAGGGCUCUGGUGAUCCGUUUCUAUCACCUAAUGAGCUUCUUAUCCUGGGAUACCUUGAGGACAUGAAAAUCGGGUAUCACGACGACGGCGAAUCCUCGCUCGGUCCCACGAUUGCCACGCUCUCGCUCGGCACAAAGUCAACGAUGCUCAUACGCAUGAAGCACAAGUACUACCAUGGCUUCAGCAAAGCAAAGAAACUCCUGGAUGUUGACCCGGUGCUCCCUGGAUGUCAUAUGCAUUGUGAGCGCAAGGAGCUUAAGGGCCGACUGCAGAAUGGCGAAAUAAGCCAGGCCGAGUAUGACAAGCUCCGGUGGAGUACGUUCAAAAAGGCUAGGAAUGCGGAAGCGCCUCCUAUCAUCAAAAUGGAGCUGAACCAUGGUGACCUGGUGGUAAUGCAUGGAGAGGGUUUGCAGAAGUACUACGAGCAUUCGGUGAUUCCUGAGAAGAAGCUCCGGUUUGCGCUGACCGCUCGACAUAUCAAACCGGAGCAUGUUGACAAGAAGGAGCUCAAGAAGGGGGAGUUCGCUCUCUCCCCUGACCAGAUAUACGAUGGGAAUUAA